AUGGCGGCUGUCGUUGUUGGGGUGAAUCAUCAUCUGCUUCUCCUUUGUUGUAUUCUUUUUGCAGGGGCAGCAGUUGAAUCCCUAUCCUAUGAUUAUUCAGCUACUAUCGAGUGCUUGGGAGAACCUCUAAAACCCCAAUAUGAAGGAGGGAUCAUCAUUAACCCGGAGUUAAACCAUGGUUUGUCUGGAUGGUACGUAUUUGGGCAAGCAAAGAUAGAGAAUAGGUCAUCAGAUAGAGGCAACAGCUUCAUAGUCGCUCAUAGUAGAAACAAGCCCUCUGAUAGCUUCUCCCAAAAACUUUACUUGCUUAAGGACAUGCUUUACACCUUCUCUGCGUGGGUACAAGUGGUUGAAGGAACUGUGCCAGUAACUGCCGUUUUCACUACAACAAGUGAUGGGUUCAUACAUGCAGGUGCAGUUAUUGCUGAGUCUGGCUGUUGGUCCAUGCUUAAAGGAGGACUCACUGUUAACUCAUCUGGGCCAGUUGAACUGUAUUUUGAGACCAAGAACACAACAGUUGAGAUAUGGGUCGACAGUGUCUCGUUACAGCCAUUCACCAAAGAUCAAUGGAGGGCUCACCAAGAUCAAAGCGUUGAGAAGGUACGUAAGAGAAAGGUGAGAUUCCAAGCAGUAGAUGCCAAUGGGAAAGGAAAAACCUUAUUUGCUGGUGCAAAAGUCUCUAUACAUCAAAAGAAACCAAGUUUCCCCUUUGGCAACGACAUAACUAAGGCCAUCCUUGACUACCCUGCUUAUAGAAACUGGUUCGCCUCCAGGUUUACUGUCACCACCUUCGAAAACGAGAUGAAGUGGUACAGCACUGAAAAUUUUGCUGGGAAAGAAGACUACUCAGUCGCCGAUGCAAUGCUUCGUGUUGUCAAACGGUUAGGAAUUCAAGUGCGAGGUCACAAUGUUUUCUGGGAUGAUCCACAGUUUCAACCUAGCUGGGUUAAAUCGCUUUCCCCCGAUCAACUCAGGCAGGCAGCAGCAAAGAGGAUCGAUUCCGUCGUGUCAAGAUACAAAGGACAGCUUAUUGCAUGGGAUGUUGUUAAUGAGAACCUGCACUUCUCAUUCUUUGAAGAUAGGUUAGGGAAGAAUGCAUCUACUGCUUUCUACAAGAGAGCACACCAACUUGAUGGAAACACAACAAUGUUCAUGAAUGAUUACAAUACGAUAGAAGAUAGUAGAGAUUCAAGCUCAACACCACCCAAGUACCUUCAGAAGCUGAGGGAGAUUCAAUCUGCAAGCCCUGGGAAGAUGGGAAUUGGGCUUGAGUCGCAUUUCGGAACACCUAACAUUCCUUACAUGAGAUCCUCCAUUGAUGUUCUAGCAGCAACAAAGCUUCCCAUUUGGAUCACAGAAUUGGAUGUUACAAGUAGCCCUAAUCAGGCUCAGUACUUGGAGGAGAUUCUAAGAGAGGCUCACUCUCAUCCAGCCAUCAAGGGAAUUGUUAUGUGGGCAGCAUGGCAUCCUGAAGGUUGUUAUAAGAUGUGUUUGACGGAUAACAAUUUCAAGAACCUCCCAGCAGGGAAUGUAGUGGACAAGUUCAUCAAUGAAUGGAGACAUAGAAACCUUGUUGGCUCAAUAGACAGCAAUGGCUCUUUCGAGGUUUCGCUGUUUCAUGGAGACUAUGACAUAACAAUUACUCAUCCAUCCAUGAAUUUUAACUUAACUAAGAACUUUAAGCUAACAGAAGGAAACUCGGAGAAGAUAUUGCUCCAUUUUCAUGUAAAUGACUGAUAAGAAUUUCUUAUUACACCUUUUUGUUUUCAUGAGGUAAAGAAAUGUAGUGUAGGAAUUCUUGCACAAUAAAGUAAUCCAA